GACGCACACGCGCGCGCGCACACACCCGCGCGCUCGCGGACGUACACAGUACACAGUGUACACACACACGUUAACGACGACGCACACGCACCGGAUGCCGAAAUAAUCGCGCUCAAACCGUUUUUCCGCCGGAUGCAGUGAGUACCCAGCGACAGAGCCGAAAAGAUAUCUGGUGCGCGCGACACCGAUGCAAAAGGUCCGUCGUCGGCAUGUAAGACGUCAUGAUCGAAAACGUCCGCCGGUCGACAGCCGCCGUCACCUGCUGCAGGCUCCUCGAGAGUGCACCGCCGUCCUGAACAGUCCGCCAUGGAUCAUUCGGCCGCGGCGGACCAUACGUCUAACGAAAGGUACGGUACCUAUGCAUUCUUUCGAAACGCGCGCGUCCUCGUCGUCUCCGCCGUUUCACUCUUGGACACCACCUACGUACGGCCGCCAGGCACUGUUACGCUGUACCGCUCGGCUUGUCCGUCGACCGCCGUUCUUGUCGCUCUCGUCAUGACUCACGGUCCGUCUUGCGCGCACCACGUCGGUAGGGUUUUGCCCGUGGCCCGUGGCCCCGGACCGUCGUCUUGUCCGUCCGCCGAUUCGCCCGGGUCGGACGUCGCUCUUGUUGCACGCCUCGGGUUAGGUAUUUUGUUAUUAUCUUCCCGAGUUUCAUUGUUUCAAGGUCAACAAACAAGACCAUCUGCUUAUCUUAUCCGUUUUGGUUUCUUUCGUCGGUACGUUUUACCUGCCUGCAUUACGACCGGUAAUACGAAAUCACAAUACCUACACGUAUUUACACUGGGUAUCCCAGCGGUGUUAUGACGAACCGUCGUUACAAUGCCGAUAUUACCGCGUCUCCAUAUUUAGAUACGUAAUACGCACUUUAUCACCAGAUCUGAAUUAUUAAUUUAUAUCCCACGUAAAUAACUAUCAAUUAACGUCUUGUGCCUUUUUGGACACCUGCCUACCUAUAUUGCGUUUUAUUCGAUUGAGGACAGUUUAAUUACGAGUUCGUAAUCUGUUACAGUCUCUCGAGAACGGUAACUACCUAGAUAUUUACUCGAGUAAUUGAUCGAUAAGUAGUAUUACCUACUUUUUUAAAUUCGUUCAAAAACAUUUUUUUCGAAAAGUUUCCCUAUAGGUAAAUAUAAACUGUUACAUUCUGCGAAGUACACAGGUACCCGUGUUAAUAUUAUUAAAGAAAAACAAAUUAUUGAGUUACUGAUAACAAAUACAUCUCACCACUAGGUACUUGUGCGUUAUCGUACAUUCGUACACCUCUGGAAAAAAAUGAUUUACCAUAAUGGGUAGAUUGUUUGGUUUUUUUUUUUGUAUUAUGAAUUUAUUGUUGCUCCGUUAUUGGUUAGUAUUUAAAAUUUCGAUUUUAUUUCGUCGGUAUUAUAGUUAGUACUUUUCGUUUUUAUUUUUUUUACCGUUGCUUUUAGAAUAUGUAGGUAUUAUAUAAAACUAAUGAUUUAACCGGGAUUCAACUUAAUCAAUUUGAUUUUGUUAUAGUUUUGUUCAUGUACUGGGUGUACUUGUAUAACAUGUCUUCUAUAAGUUUACGAUAGACUCAGUGGAUUGUUUUGACCAAAUAAAUGAACAAAUACAAUGGUUCUUUUUUUUUCAAAAUUAGAAUAUUUUACAUUUGGGUGUCCAUGUGCAAAAAUAAUAACAAAUCAAGUUAUCAAUAAUUAGUUAAAACCUUAAAAUGUAUACGAGGACAUACAUUUGGUGAUGUACUUUUUUUUUUAUUUUAUGUUUGUAAUUAGGGAAUUUGUAUAACUUAAAUAGGUAGCUGAAGUAUCUAUUUAUACAUUUAUAAGUGAUUUAUCAAAAAUAUUCAUGUUAGAUAGGUUUGGACUGUUUUAAAUAAUGUACUUAUUCUUAUUUUUUUUAAGGGAUAUUAGAUACUAAAAUUGUAUUUUCUAUUAGAUUAUUCAAAGUUAAAUUUGAUCAAGUUUUGGAUUGAAAAAUAUUUUUAUGAGUUUAUUAAAUACUCUAUUGGUUCAAUCUAAAACUAUCAAAUAAGCAUAUUAAUUACCUGUGUUAUGUAUAAAUGUACUCAUAAAUAAGUAACAAGAGAAAAUGUCCAGGAAAACAGGCUCAACAGGUAAUAUUGUCCAAGAAAAUAUAUACAAAAUAAUAGCUUAUAAAACUAUUAAACAUUAUAAUGUCUAUAAUAAUUUUAUCAUAGCCAAUGUUUUAAUUAAUAUUCAUUAUUAAGUACCUAUUACUAACGGGCUAUUCCACUGUUGUAUCGCCGCUGUCUUAAGAUUUUGAGAGGGCUAAUAUAUUUGGGAGCCUUUGAAUACUGAAAUUAAGAUAUACUUAGAUUUUUUUUUGAUACAUACCUAAUGUAUUAUUAGUUACCUAUUAAAUAUAUUUAUCAAUAAAAAGUAAAUUUUUUUCUAUCUUUUACAUUAAUGCUUUAUAUAAUUAAAAAAUAAAUGCAAUUUUUAAAAUAAAAUGUUUAUUUACUUUGAAUACUAUUUAAUGGUUGUACCUAGAUUUGUCAUUUGCAAAGUCUUAUAUAACAUUUUUGUAAUGUAAACUUGAUAAUACCUAGGUAGUUCAUGUUCGAUAAGUACUCAUUAAAGGUAAGCAGUUUAAGCGUUUCUGGUUCAUGGUACUUCCAAGUUUUUCUUUAAUUGAAUUUACACUCGAGUUGGUAAUCAUCAUCGAUAAAAAAAAUUCUGAAAGGUAUUAUAAUGUUUCAAAAUGUUUCUUCUUAGCAAACUGAUUUUAAACUAGAAAUACUGAAUUCAGAAAUUUGAAGUUGGCUUUUGAAUAUAUGCUUUCUUAUGUAUAUAUGCUAAAUUAAUUCAUUAUUUAAAUUGUAAAAUUCCACAAAUGUUUUACAAUAGACUUGUAUUUCUUUUGUCUUUAAACUUUUCAAAUUGAUUUGUUAUUUAACAAUGUUUUAAUAGAGCUAUUACAUCUAUAAUAGUUUGGAAGUAAAUUUUUUUUUUAAUUUUUCUCUAUCAGAAAAUGAUAUACUUUCAUUAGUCUGUUUAUUAGGAAAUGUUAAACGAAUACUCCUCUUCUUAGUUUGUUGAUGUAAAUCUUUAUAGUUAGAAUCUGAAAAUGUAUGUUAACUGAUAGUUUAAUUACUAUAAAAUUCAUUUCUAAUUUCACUUAGAAAACCAGCAAGAGAAUCAAAUAAUUUUGAACCGUCAUCAAUAGUAAGGUUUUCUUAUUGUUUUUUUAUUAAUUCUUGAUAAAAUUUUACUUCAUAGUUCAGUCAGAACAACAAUUUCAACAAUUUUCCAUUUUCUUAAUUGAGCCAUGUGUUUAAUUUUUAACAUCUGGCGUGGUCUUAUUAUCUAUUUUAAUUAUUUUAAGAGCAUUUAAAAUUUCAUAGUAACCAUUACUUAAGGCACAGUAAUAACAUCAACUUGAUCAAACUAUCUAGUUUCUGAAAGUGACUUUAAAACAUAAUGUGAGCCUAGGCAUUUUUUUUCAUGAUAUUCCAACGAUAGGUAGAAAUUGAAAAUAACUUAUUAGCUGAUUCCAUAACACAUUCUACUGUAAAAAUCAAAUUCUAAGUAUGAAACAAAAAUAGCAAAAUUACAAUUUUCUUUUAUUCUGGUUUGUACAUAGUAUGUCUGAUAAAUACUCAAACCAGUUCUCUACAGCGAUCUGUGGGACAAAGUACAACACCAUGCUAUUCUGGUUAUGCACUACAGUUACAAUUAACAGAUCAACUGUCAAGACUAUAAUACCAAUAGAAUAGGUAAGUAUAGUUUUCGUAUUUGGUUUUUUUCGAUGUAUUUUUCCUUACUGAUGUAAUGGAAAUCGACGAAUUAACCAAACAAAAAGUGAAUGGUGAAACUUGAAAAAACUUUGGUAAAAUUCAUGAAAUGUGUUAAGAGAAUGCUAUACAUCCAUUUGUUGUUUCCAUCAUACAAACUCACAAUAUAGUAAAAACAUUCUUAUGCAGACAACACUGAAUUCGCUUAGUUUUGGUUUUAAAGUAAACACACCUAUAUAGAAUGAAUAUAAAACAAUUUUCUGGAGAGAAUAUUCCGUUAUUUUAAAAACUUUUUUUUUUUAAAGUUUCAGUUAUUCAAAAAUGUUGAAAAAUUGUUAUUUAUAAAUGGUAAAUUGACUAUUAUAUUCAGAGAAAAUGGAAAUAAAAUCAACGUCUUAUCCUUAGGAAUAUUGUUUCUUUUAAUUUUAUAACAGGUGUUUUUACUCUAAAACUAAAAUUAAACAAGUUCUGUGUAAUAUGUUUUAACUAUAUAUUGUGCGAUUGUUAACAACAAAUGCAUAUGCAGUGUUCUCUUAAAUAUUGUUUAUGGAGAUAAUACUUUGAAGAACACAAAUUCUUUAAGUAGAUUAAGCGUUUCUGUGAAGGCUGUGAAGACUGCAAAGCCGAUGUGAGACCAGGACGCCCUUCUAUCACUUGUGAUGACUAAAACAUAGAAUAUGUGUAGUCUCUUGUACUUUCUGGUCGAAGAAUUAUUGAUAGAAUAUUGGUUGAUACACUGAGUAUUGGAAAAUUGUCUGUGUAUACAAUUUUGAGGAAAACAGGACAGACUAAUGUAUGUGCAAAAGCGACACUGCGCUUGCACAUUUGUCUGUUGUUUUGUAAGUUUCUGGUCAAAAAUUUGAUCACAACAUUUGAUCUCAUAUUCUCCAGAUUUAGCUAGAUUGUUAUUUUCUUUUUGUUCCCAAAAUGCAAUGUGGGACAGCACUUGGAGCUGAAUAGUUUUGAGGAAUGUUUUGAUCAAUGAAAACAAAGAUGGGAUAAGUGCAUGCAUUGCUAUAGACAGAGAGUAUUUUGAAGGAGAUACAAUUAAUGUACCUAUAAUAAAUUGAGGGACUGGGUGCAAGAAAGUCAUUUUUAUGAAAAUACCCAUUUGCUUAAUAUGUUUUUUUUGAAUUAGCGAGUCUACUAUAUGUGUAUAAAAUUUUAGUUUGAAAUUUUAAUAAUUGAGCACUGUAGAAGCAUUUAUGUGAUUGUGUGUAAAUGCCUUUCUUGUAUAGGACCACAUACUAUGUAUGUUAUAUUUAUAAAUAAUAUAGUUUUAUUUUUCAAUGAUUUAAAAAUAAUAUUAUGAUAACUUGUUAUUUUUCGUUGUAGAUUAAUAGGUUUGGUAAAAAACUGUUUCUAAAUUAUUAUCAGUAGGUUUGUGUUUUUGUUGCAAUGUGUUAUGCUUUGCGACUAUUAAGUAUUUAUUUAGUCAUUUUUAUUUAUUAAAUUAUAGUUUAUUAUUUAUUAUUAUUUUCAUAUUAUUCAAAAGUUAUGAAUAAAUUAAUACAAUUCAAGUUCUUUAAUCAUUUCAAUUGAAAUAGAACACGUAAUUACUGUUUGUUGCAAGAAGGGCUUUUCACAAUCAAAUAUCUCUUAUUUAAAACUUAGUAGACACAAAGAAAAAUUAAACAAAGACAUUAUUAUUUUCAUUAAAAUUCGAUCUUUCAUAUGACAUAAGUUUUAUAACCAUGUGAGCAGAUCCAAAAGAGUGUCAGACAUUUGAAACUUUAACUUUGUUUAUCUCAAAACAUAUUUUUUAGAAAAUGCCCUUCUUGCACCCAGCUCCUCAAUUAUAAUGAAUAGAAUUUUUAUUUUCAAAGUUUGCAUAUUUCCCAAAACAGUGACAUUUCCAUACAGCUGGCCUUGAUUAUCAUUCAAAUUUAACUGAUUUUUUUUAAGGAAAGGUAUAAUAACUUAGUCAGAUCGAUGUUCUUCAAUAGGAAUAAAUUUCAAAAACCGUUCAACUAAGAUUUCAUUAAAAUGACAUAUAAUGAAUAUCAUUUGAAUUAAUAUUAGAACAGUCAGGAGUGAAAUCAACACCUUAAUAAAUAAUAUUUUGCCACAUUUAAUUCCAAAAGAUGUUUAUUUAGCACUUGUCUUCCUAUUAUGUUAAUAAAUAAAUUCAUAAUAAAUAUUAUUAUAGCUAAUAAAUAUGAAGGAUUUUUGGUUGAAGUCUGCCUCUUGGGUUCAAAAAAAAAGUCAAAAUAUCGAAAAACCAGCCCUAUAUUUUCUCUUCCCCUCCCUUACUUAAUUCAUGGUAUACAGUCAGAAUAUCCAUUUUCCAAUUUCCUCCAAUAAUAUGGGAGAUUUCCUUUCACAUUAUAUAAAACAAUGUACAAUAUUAAAUUAAAAUAAAAAUGCAUAUUACAUAAUGUAAUAAACUAUGUAUCACUUUGCUACAAACUAUUGUAAAUAAAAACAUCAAUCAUACUACAGAAUCAUACAGUACUGCGAAUGUGGUCAGAAAAUUCAAAAAAUUGAAAUUUUUUACUACUUACUGAUAUUUAAUAUGACAUACAAAUCGAUAACCUAUUUAUCGUUUCUCGAUAAUUUGACAUUUUUAGGAUGCUGUAUUGAUAAUGAAAUCAUUAUUAUAAGAUGUGUGUACAAAUUUUCAUAAAAGAAAAACUUGUAUAUUACUGUGGGAAGUUGGAAAAAGGAUAUUCUGACUGUAUAACAUGAAUCAUGUAAAGGAGGGGAAGAGAAAAAUAUAGGGGUGAUUUUUCAAUAUUUUGACAUUUUUGAACCCAAAAGCCUGACUUCAACAUGAUGGAUUUCCUUUGCUUUGAUGGAUAUUUUUAUUUAUGGAUGAUUUAUAAAUAACAUUCACUAUGUUGACAAUAUUUUAAAUUUAAAAUGUAGAAUUAACUUUUGAUUUUUUUUUUUUCAUUGAUCAAUUUACACUAUCUAUGUUUAUACAAAAUUAAUUUUAAUACUUAUCAUUUGAUUUAAUAUAAGAAAAAAUAAAUGUGAUAUAGUGGUAAAUAUUUUUUAAAUAAUGUAAUUUUUGUAAAGUUUGUUUUCUUAAAAUUCAAGAGCCAUGGACUUGGGCCCUUCAGUCUUAUGCCUUAAGACAACACUGAUAGCGUAUAAUGACAUGUUUGCAAAUGCUGUUUUUUCUUGGAAUCUGUAUGGUAUAAUAAUAAUAAUAAUAUUAUAUCUGAUAUUAAUAGUAUUUCUGAAAAAUAUAUUAUCUAUUAUUUAGUCAAUCUAGAAAACAGAUUAUGCCAUAAUAUGGAUACAAAAUAUAUUCAUUAAUAUGCAUAUAUUAUUUUUUUUUUUUUUAUAAUGUAAAAUAAGUAAUCCAUCAAUUGGUCUUUUUAAUCAUUUCGAGCACUACCUAUGCUCUAUAAUUAAAAUUUGAUUUUAUAAUAAUAAAAUUAUUAAAAAGUCAAUAAUUGUAAUAAUAUGUAGUGAAUUAGUAGACAUUAUUAUGUUUUGACAUUGUUAGAAACAAGCAGCUCUAAAAUGUUACAGUAUCAUUAUUUUUUGUCAUUCUUAUUUUAGGGUAAUUUGGGUAGACAGAAAGUUGUUAAUGGUUUGUCAGAAUUCAAUAAUAUCAACACCAAAAUGCACUUAAAUUAGUUCAUUAUUUAUGAUAUUUUUAAUAUAGCUUGCCACUUAAAAAUCAAAAAUUGGUGGGUAGUCCAAAAAGUUCAAUUCUAUUGCAAAAAGGUGCUUGUUUCAUAAAUUGUUAAAAAAAGUUAUUGCUUUCUAAGAUAUUGCAAUAAGUACCUAUAUCUUUGCGGGACACUAUAUUUAAAAUUAUAAAAAGUUGGUUUAAAUGAUUGAAGAACUAAUAAAUGCAUUGUUUGGUAUAUUAAAUUUCUAUAAUUGAUGCACAUACUUAUUUUCAAUAAAAACAAAGAAUCCUCCAAUGAAUAAUAAAUGAUGAAUUAUAUUGAAUAUUUAUGUAUUUUACAGGCCAAUUGAACAGAUAUCUCAACCUUUGAUUAUUGAACCUUUAGAUUGUUCACCAAGUAUACCAUCUACAAUUACAUUAACUGUUGUAGUAGUUAAAGAUGAAAACGGGUAUGGUAUGAAGGUUUCUGGUGAUAAUCCAGUAUUUGUCCAAUCUGUUAAACAAGGUGGAGCAGCAGAAAAAGCAGGUUUACACAGUGGGGAUAAAAUUGUAAAAGUUAAUGGUAUUAAUGUUACAGUUUCUACACAUUCAGAUGUGGUAGAAUUGAUAAAAUGUAAGUUUUUUAUAAGGAUUUUUUAUUUAAACCGUUAUUUUGUCCCUUAUAUUAUAAUCCUAUUAUUUUCAGCAUCUACACAAGUUGAAUUAACAGUGCAGCAAAGACCAUUGUUUAUAAAUUCAUCAAAUCCUAAUAUAACAUUAGCACCAAUGAAUUCACCAAUAAUGAAUUUGACAUCUGUGUCUCCAACACCUGUUUCUUCGCCUAUAGCUUCCUCUAGACCAUUGCACCAUCAUCAUUCUGCUCCUGCACGUGAUAGAAUAACAGGACCACAACCGGUUGAUGUAUGUAUUGUUUUGGAAUAGACAUACCUAUAUUAAACUAAAGGACAUUUAAAUUGGUUUUAAUGAUAGAUAUUUUAAAAUAUAGGUUAUGAUAAAUGGUUAGAUAAAUUAUAAUAUAUAUAUUAUACAAUUAUUAAUACAAAAUAUUAGUACUUUUUACAUGUAUACAAAUUAAUUAAUUAAAAUAAAACAGUGGUGUCAUUUGAGGGGAGGAAUUUGCCUCUCCUUGUCAUUAGUGGUGGGGGGGCGAGUAUUGUCUUGUGUUAGGCUAGUUUUGGGCCAAAAGCCAGUAAACAUGAUUCAUGUCAUUAAUUUGUAUGAUUUUAUGAUAUUUAAUACUCCAUCAUUAUUGAUGAAAAUAUAACAUAAAUUGGGCUAAAAUUCCCUUCAAACUAAGUCUGAAUAUAGUAGCUAAUAGUCAAUAUAUUAGGUAUCUUUCUACAUAUAUAUUAUUUAGUCAUUGUUAGCUUUUAAAAAAAAUGGGUUAUUUUGAAGUAAGUAUAAACCGAUGUAAGAAGGAUAUUUGAAAAUUUAAAAUAAAAAUUUAAUUGUAGCAAAUAAGUUAUCAAACUUCUUUUUUUCAGUUUUAUUAUGGGCUGUCAAAUUUUUUGUCCCCACCCUCCUCUUAAAAACUGAAAUGAGGCUACUGGUUAAAAACUAUUUAAAAAUUUUAGUUGUUAAAGUACAAAAAGUCAUUUAAACUAUUGCAAAAUUUGUAUUUCAUUUUCAAGGUGGAGCAAAUGAGACAUGUUGAACUAGAAAGGUGGCAUACAUUCAAGCUUAUGUUAGAAAAAGAACAAAGAUAUGUUGAAACAUUAAAAAAGGAUCUCCAAAAAUCUUCAGAAAUGUCUAGCAGUGAUAAUUAUAAAUUAAAAAGAGAAUUAUCUGGUGCUGAACGUAGAGUUAAGACAUUGCAAGAUCAAUUAACAACAUUUAAACAAAUACCGGUAUUGUGAAUGGUUUUCUGUAAAUAUUAUUUUUACAAAAUUAAUGGAAAUACUAGCAUGAUUAAAUUUUUUAUAGAAAGUUUUAUAUUACACAUUUGGUGUUGAAUUUUGGUAGUUUUUAUUAAACUAUAUUAGUAUUUAGCAGAUUUUCAAUUAAAUUAAUUUAACUUGAUUUAUUCAAUUAUUGAUCUUAAACUUUAAGUGCAAAUAUUUUUUUUAAGUUGUUGAAACUCUGCUAUUGUAUAUUGUAACUAUCCUUUGAUGGUUUAUGUUUUUUGCUGUUCAUAUUUACAUUACUAAUAUGUUUUAUAAUCAUUAAUUAAGCUAUUCUAAGAAAUUAGGAUAUAAUCCGUACUAAAAUAUUAAUAUGAAAUCCAUCCUCCUACCUAGUAAUGGUUUUGUAACUAUGAUUUUUAAUUGUAGUGUUUUUAACAGAUAAUAAUAUUAAGAAUUGUCUAUAUUUUACACUUAUCCAGAUAACACAAUAAUCCCCAUAGAAUAUAUAAGGUGUGCAAAUAAAGUAAUGAAAUAUUAUUGAUGGGUUUUCGUUUGAAUGAAAACCUAGUAUGAGCCUUCAGUCGUGAGUUUAACCUUCGUAAGGCUGCUUGUUAGUCCUAAGAGAUUUGUUUACGUAAAUUAAAAUUUUUUUGUGUUGUUUGAAAAUAAGUGACAACAAUUUUGAGCAAUGGUAUGCUAUUUGAUUUUGCUUCAGACUUUGGCACAUCAUGAUAAACACUUUUCAGAAACUUCGGAAGUUAUAUGGAACCGGUAUUUUGUCAACAGCCUAGCUUUCUACUGGAAGAUUCAUCUUCAAUUGACUGCCUUCUUUAAAAGCCUAAACCACCUAAAAACCUGAGCCUUCUUAAAUUCAUUGUUUUCAUAUAUGUACUGAUUUUUUUGAAAAGUUUCUGUCUUAUCGUGUCCAAGCCGGAAUUAAAGUUUGAUCACGCCAUUGGAGAAUGUUCUAGAAGAACCAAGUUUAUAAAAACAAUCACUACUGACUAAAUUGUGACUUUAAAUUCAUAUUGAAGGUGCAUUAAAUGUUAGCUUAUCACCCCACUAAAUGUAUAGUCACUAUUUUUUUGCAGAUCGUAUACUAUGCAACCAGAAUUAAUUUACUUUAGUCUCAUUACUCUAAUUACACACCUCGUUGUAUGAAUCUCCAGGCUAUGUCCUAAGAAUAUUGAUAUACACUUUUUGUUUAUCUAAAAGUAAAUUUAUAUAUAUAUACCUAGGACAUCUUGUAAAGAUAAACUAAGAACAUCCUAUUUGUAUUAUAAGUUACAUAGGUUUACUAAGAAUGGUUAGAAUUUUGUUUAUGGCAUAAAUUGAGUAAAAACUUUCUAAUGUUUUGAUUUGAUCCAUUAAUCAACCUCUACUGUUUCUUAACUUAUCAAGUUGCAUUAAAAAUUAGUUAAUUUCCAUAAAUAAUAUUUCCAUUAUUUAGUAAUUGAUGUUGGUUGUUCAUAGGUAAAAUUGUAAAUAUUCUUUAAAUUAGUAGAGAGAAAAGAUAAAUAAGAGAGUGGCUUACUCUUUAGAUAAUUCAGGAUUCAAAACUAAAACAAAAAAAGCUAAUGGGUGUGGCCACUAUUGGAAGUUGGAAAUUAGAAAGGCAGGAUAUAGAUGGAAAUAUAUUUAUAAGGCAAAAAAGCCUAUUUAAAAAUAUUAAAAUAAUAAAAACUUAACAAAAAUAAAUAAAUCGGUUACCAAUGACAACCUUAUUUUAAUAUUUUUUAACCUAAAGAACAAGUUUUGUCAUGUUUUGAUUGAUCAAGAUUUCUUGGAGAAAAGUUGUUUACAGACAGAAAAAAGUAUACAUCAUAGUAAAACCAAUAGAUCCUUCUCUUCACCCAGAAUUUAAAAUACAUUUCUAUUUAGGUACUAUGUUAAGAAAAUCUAGUUUCACAUUAAACUCUAAACUAAGGCCUUGCAAUGAUUAAAAAUGUGUUAAACCAAUAAAGAAGUUCUAUCAAAAUGGCCACAUUUUUAUUUAUAUGUAGCUUCUACUUAAAACUAUAAAUACUACAACUAUCAUUAGUAUGUCCUUACCAAAAAUAUAAUUAGGAUAGCUUUAUGGCAGUGUCAUUGGUUUUUUUUUUUAAUAUUUUUAUUAUCAUUUUGUUAAACAGAUAUUUGAAGAAUAUUAGUACAGGACCUUGUGAGAAUAAAGUAGGUAGAGUCCUCAUUGUAUCCUAGGAUAUUUAUUAUUGUGUUAUUUGGGUAUGCAUUUGAGAAUUUGUAUGAUUAUUUGCAGUGGCAGCUUGUGCUAUGCUAUGGUGCACAGGAGCAGUGCACCACCUACAAUUUUUAAAACUAUACAUUGUUAUAUUAUUAAAGUAUAAAAAUAUAUUAUUAUUAUAAUACUAGCUGUCCCAUUCCUGGCCUGGACUGUGCCCAUUUGUAUUAUUAUUUUACCCAUAUUCACUUUUGGUUUUGGCUAUAUUAGAAUUGAAUGAAAACAAAGAGGCGGAAAGUGGGUAGUCCACCUUCGGCAGACUGAAUAUGUUUUAUUGUAAAAUUUGAAUAGUGUAAAUAAUAGUAAUAAUAAUAAUUAUAAUAGUUUUUUUUCGUGGUAACCCUUGAAUAAACAAACAUUUUAUAUUAAUAAAACAAAGUCAGGUUAGUUACACCAUUUAUUAUUCAAGAAUGGCUGGACCAUUUUUAAUAAUCACAUGAUUUUCUCUGACUAAUUUCUUAUAACAAUUAAUCGCCAUUUUUUUUCAUCCCUGUUACUGGGGUAACACAAAUCAACAAACAAAAAUGUAUUUAUUAUAUCAUAAGCUAAAUUAUUUUGUGUUGCUCUUGUGUGUGUGUGCGUGCCAGCGUGUAUAUACAUAUAUAAGCAAAAUUACUAAAAUCGCAAUUAAAAAUAGUGGGUAAGAGUAGAAGGGUAUUAAUUACUUAACGACUUAUUCUCAGACCUACCAAAUAUACCCAAAAAAUUUCAUGAAAAUUGGUUAAGGGGUUUUGGAGGAGUUAGGCUACUAGGGUCACUAGGGCGAUGCGAUCAUAAAUAAAUAUCCUGUGAUAAUUAUUUGUUUUAUAAAACACGGAUUAAUAUAUCGGAGACCUCCAACUGAUGCGAUGUGAUUGCGAUAAAACACGAAAGACAUGAAAUAUUAUACCAAUAUGAUAUAACACAAUAUUUGUCAUCUUUAGAAGAUGACAUGACAGCUAUUGAGAAACUAGUUGCCUAUAGUGUGCAGAACUGAGGAUGUCAGGUCUUACGAUAUUUUACUUGGCAACUAUUUUUUUAUAUCGCAUUGCUCCAGUGUGACAAGGACCUUACAUAACAAACACUGUGAAAAACGAAUGUUAGAGCAUGUUAUAAUUAUGUCAUUGUACUCAAUACAAGCGGUUACAGAGUAUGAAUGGGCCAAUACAAUUUUUGUACUAGUUUUGUACAUUUGACCUUUUCAUUCCCAUUACUACCAUUAGACUUAGUGGUUUGUUGGUGCACAAAUAUUGCACUAUCAUGACCGUACAGCCAUCUGCCACUGCUGACUGAGAAUAUCAUGCAUUGGGAAUUGAUUAUUAUAUUUCUUUUGAAUAAUAUAAAUCCAAGAAUAUUCUAUAGAAAAUACUGACCAACCUUGGUUUACAUUCAAUUCCUAAAUAAUAUUCAAUAUAAUGUAACAAAAACAAACAUAAUUCCCUUAAUAUAUUAUAGAUUUUUAUCUAAGAACCUCCUAUAUAAAAAAAAAUACCAAUAUAUUCAUAUUUCAAUAAAGUAUUUGUUUUAGAUCCAGUUUUUUGAAUCUACUGUACUUAUUGUAUACAUUUUUUUUUUAAAUGUGAACCAAUAAUUAUUGUAUCACUGAUUAUUUGCAUAAUUUCUGUAAUGAUAAUGGUUUAAACAACAAUUUUAUAUUAAUGACUUUUUAAACAUAAGCAUCCUAUAGUAAUUCAAGUAUUUAUAUAUGAGAUGAUUUAGUUGAGUCUAUCAAAUUAAGAAAAUUCAUAAAACUCUAUAAUAAUAACCAAAAAACAAAAUUGAGAUCUUUAUUUCAUUGACAUUUUAUAAAAUUAUUCAAUAAUAAUAAUAUUGGUAUGAAAUAAAUUAUUAUAAAAAUAUGGACAGUAAGGACAUCUGGCACCAAUACACUUUAUUUUAUUGCAUAGAAUGCCUACAUUUAUCUUUUGGGUUUUUAGUCUUUUACCUUUAUUUUAAAACUAUUCCCAUAGUUUUUUCCUUAAUUAGAUUUCAAUUUAUUUUUCUAACUUUUACAAUCCAAUUCAGUAAUAUCCUUAUUUAUGUUUUGUAUUUUUUUUUUUUUUUUAACAAUAUUGUAUGCAUAUAUAUGUUGACAGCUUUGUAAUAUUGCACAAGUAUCUGAAUUUGACCCACCUCCUUUACCACCUAGAAAUGCUCCACCCCUGCCACCCAGAAAUCCAACUUUGACUAAUGAUAAGUCAAAUAAUUUACUUAACACUGGUGUUAACAUUAGUCAAACUGUAAGUAUGACUUAAUUCUUUGAAUAAUUACAGCCUAGUUUAUAUUAUGUUUUAAAAAGAAUUAAUUUUUCAAUUUUUAAUUAUUUAAUUUAAAUAAAUAAUAUUACAGAGUAAUAAUUUUUAUAUUUUUUUUAAUGUUAUACUGAUAAAAUAAAGAUAAUAGAUAACCAAUUAUUAAUGUCAGAUCAUAAAAUAUAUAUAUAUACACUAUGUAUUAUAUUUUAUAUCUUUUCUCAACAUAAGCUAUUAUUGUAAAAUCGAAAAAGGUAGGUACACAAGUUUUAAAAAAAGUAAACUACUUAUUAGUAAUGCUAUAAACAGUUUGUAUUAUUUAAUUUUAAUAGUUUAUAUUCUAAUGUUUUUGUGUGUUUUUCAUAAUGGCAUAUGUAUUUUAAAAAUUAAAUAGUUUUUUGCUAUCAAAACAAAAUAUACUUAUAACUUCUAAAUUUCAACUAAGUUCUUCAUAGAUAUACUAAUCAUAUUUAAUAGUUAAUAGUAUAUCAUUAUUUAAACCAUAUGUACAUAUUUUUUUCAGGAUUCUCCUAAUCUGUCAUUGUGUCAUCAACGUACAAAAUCUAACCCUGAUAAACUAAGUGAAGGUAAAUUAAUAGGUUAGUAAUUAAAUUUAUUUUGUUAAAUAAAUGUAAAAGUAUUAAUGUAAGACAUUUCUUUAUCUUUGAUUCUAGGUCAUACACAUAAUUCUAUAUUGUAACUGUAAUGUUUAUUUAAUUAUGACUAAAAAUGUUCUCAUUAAUUAUGUUAUAGGUAAUAAAAAAAUUUGUUUAUCUGAGUCCUUCAAUGAUUUACAUUUUGUUAAACAAUCCAAGGGUGGCUUAGCAUGGGAGUUAAAACCUUCCCCUCGACAUUCUCCUAACAGAUCUGAUGUUUCAAACUCAUGUGAUGAAUCAAAAAAUGAAUUGGUAAUAUUAUACAUUUUAUAAUUUAUUUUUUAUAUAAUGUACAUUUUGUCAUAAAAUAUGAGUUUUCUUCUCAAUUUUGAUCAAUUUAGGUUUGGCCACCAGUGGAGAUUUAGUACCAAUCUAAAUCUCCAUUGAUUCUAUCUCUUACAACAUAUGGAGAUCUGACGCAUUCAAUUACUUUUUUUCGUUUAAUAUUAUUAAGUUUUCUUUUAUGGAAUGAUUACUAAACCUUACAUUAUGAUUCUUAAAUUUUAUACAUAUUUUUUUAGAAUAUCAUAAAUAGCUAUUUUGUAAUUAAAUUUUAGUAUCAAAUGUUUACUAAUAAGUUAUUAAUUUUCUAAAAUUUUAGAUUCUGAGUGUAACGAAUAAUGUAUUGGAUUUAUAAAGAUGUUUUUUUUUUUUUUUUUUUUUUUAUGUGAACAAUUCUCUUGAGGGUGAUCUUUUUUUUAUUUUUCCCAGCAGUUUUUCCAAUAAAAGGGAAAAGUGAGAAAAAACAGGGAAAUGUACAAAAUAUAUCAGUACAAUAUUAUGAUUUUUUUUUUUCUGUGGGCAAAUUUUCCACCAGCUAUUUGCUUCGAUUUCAAAUGAUAGUACCACUAUGAUCUAAAUGGAAAUUUGAUUGAGAAGGUAAUUUAGGAAGGUCAUUUUUGAUUAUUUCAAGAGUUCUCAGUAAAUGUGAAAAACUGGGAAAAACAGGUGGGGGGAGGGGAUUGGUACAAUAUUAAACAAAUAUUAAAAGAAAUAUAUAGGUAUUCAAUUAUUUUACCAUAAUAUAACAAAGCAUUACUAUCAACUCAAUUCUUUACAGAAUUGUAUUUAGUAAGCAAUGGUUUAUUAUUGCUUACAGAUACAAAUUAAUUUCCUCUCUAUAUCCUACCUUCUCAUUUCUCACCAACAGUGGCUGCACCCAUUGUGUAAAGUAUGCUCAUCUGUCUUUUUUUAAGUUUAUGAUAUUUUAAAUUAUUUUCAAUGCCACUAGCAAAAAAUAUUAAUCUAUCAAUUUUUCCAUGAAAAAUAAUUUUAUUAAUUUUUGUAAACUUAAAACUAAUUUAAAAAAUUUAAUUUUUGAAUUAAGUUAAAAAAAAAAAGACAUAAUAGAGAAAUCAUAAAUUAAGGUUCUAGUUUUAAUUACAAAAAAGAAAAAUAUUGAACAGAACAAUUGGUAAUGCAUUUUUCAUCUAAGUAAUCUUCUUAUCACUCAAUUGUAUACUUACAUUUAUUUGAGAAAGUACAUCUUAAUUAUAUCAAAUUUAUUAUGAGUGAUAAAAAAGAUUAAUUGUCUAAAAUAAAUUUUUCUUCAAAAUAAUUUUUGGACACUGUUUAUAUUUUAUAACAAUUUUAUUGUUUUUUUUUUAUUUUUAUGUCUAUUGGUUAGGUUUUUAUUAUAUGUUUUAGCUGUUUUAAAUUUUCAUAUAAUUUUGAAAUUCUUUACAUACGAAACUAACCAUAAUCAUAUUUUAUAUGCAAAUUGGAUUUAAAGUAGUAUGAACUUUAAAAAUGAAAAAAAAAACCAAUUAAAUAAAUUAGGAACUAUAAAUAUUAAAUAAUUAUUAAUUUUCAUGAUUUUUCUUCUUCCCACAAUAUAUAUUUUUGGUUUUCAUAUUUGGUGUGGUAUUACUUAUGUUUACCUAGUUUGUAGAAAAAAAAAAAAAUCAAAAAAUAGCAAAACAAUGGAUGUAAAAAAUAUAAAUAUUUGUAUAUCUAUUUUAUUGUUAUACUUUGUUUGUAUUAAUUUAUAAUUUUAUAAUUUUUAAGGUUAAACAUAGUGGUGAUCGCUAUUCAGUUGAUUCUACAGACAUAAAACUUACUCAAAGUCAAAUAAUAUCAAUGGAAGAUGAUGAAAUUUCUGAUCAAGAGUUUGUAAGUUCAUAAAAGAAAAAAAAAAUUGUAUACAUUUAUUAUAUAAAUAAUUAAUGACAAUAUUUAUUAUUUGUCGUAAAAAUUUAUUUCAGAAUCAGCAAGAAGAACAUGGACCAUUCAAAAGUUUUACUAAAUUAGUAGAACACAAUGCACACCUGGCAGUAUUUUUAAAUUAUGUCAUAUCAAAUAGUGAUCCAUCUGCAUUGGUAUGCAAUUUUUCUUUUUGUUUAAGAAAUUAUUUUGACAAAAAUAUUAUUUUACAGUUGUUCUAUUUAGUAACAAGUUUAUUUAAAGAAGGUAAUGUAAAAGAGAUGAGAAAAUGGGCUUAUGAAAUCCAUUCAAGUUUCCUUGUACCUGGUGCUGUAAGUUGUUUUAUAUUUUUAUCAUAUAAAUAAAUAUUUAAACUUAAUGCAAAUUAUCUUAUAGCCAUUAAGACUGCCAAAUAUUGAAGACAAUGUUGUAAGAGAAAUUGAUGAUAUUUUACAAAGAGAUUCUGACCGAGAAGAAAUUUUGCGUAAAGUAAGUAAUAAAUGAGCCCUUUAAUGAAAUUGUUUAAAUUCUUAUUUAUUCUUGAUAUUCUCAACAAUUCUGUGAAUUCUUCUCUUCCAUGGAUUCUUUAAAGUAUCAUACAUCAGUUUCAACUUUUUCUCAGCCUCUCCUUUUCAUUUUCACUCAUUCCACCUCUUACAGCCACAAUUAUCUAAUGUACAGAAUACUUAGGAUGGCUAAUCAAAUUUGACUGUCCAGAUUCUUGUUUUCCAGUAUACUCAUUUACUAACAUCAUUUUAUUUUUUGUAUACUUUAUAAUGUUCCAUAAUUAUUAUUUUACUGUUUUUCAUUUCUAUGUAUUCCAUUGUGCCAUUUUGCAUUAAAAUAAUUAAUAAACUAAAUAAACAUUUGUUUGUUUAAGGUUUUUUGGAAAGCAAGAACCAAAGCCAAAGAAGAACUAAAUGAACAGUUAAGUGAUUUUCGUCAUCGCAGAACAGCUGGUUUGGGUACUCUUUUUGGUCCACCUGAUUCUCAACUAAAUGACAGUAUUAAUGAUAAACUAAAAGAACUACGGAUAAUUGAAAUGAUUCUUGUUCCUAAUAUUGAGCCAUUUAUGUAUGUAAAUUAUGUAUACAAAAAAAAAAAAAAAAAAAAAAAAAUUACAUUGAUAUUAUCUAUUAGUCUCUUAAUUUUAAUUUACAUUUUUUAUUCAGAGAAGACAUGGAAAAAGAGACUUUUGACAAUAAAAGAUUUACCAUGUGUGCUGCUCUCACUACAGUCAUGUCAAAAAUGUUUGGUAUUCGAGGGCCACUUUCUAGUAUUCUUAUGGACCGAUGUCCAACUUUUGUUUCCAAAGAAAAAUCUUUUAAGGCUAAAAUUAUAGGAAAAUGUCGAAAAGUAUUUAUAUUAUAUAUUAAAAUAAACUAUGAAUUGUAAAAUUGAUAAAUGUUUAAUUUACAGUUUAAUACCAAAGGACAUAAUUUUGUUGCACACCAGUAUUACACUGCGACACAUUGUAAUCAUUGCCAACUUAUAAUUUGGGGAAUUGGACCACAAGGUUAUCAGUGUACAAGUAAGUUGAUUUGUAUAUUUAAAAUAAUUAACUAGAGAAUAAUAAUAAAUACAAAUUUAUUUAUAGAUUGUCUUUUAAAUAUUCACCGAAGUUGUGUGAAAACAUUGGAUGAGAAUUGUCCUGGCCCAAUUGUAAAUAAAAAGGACAAAGCAAAUAAUCAUAUAAGUAAAUUAAUGGAUAGAAUUAGACCAGAACGCAAUGAUACCAGGAAAAAACCGGGUUCAAACUUUGUUCAAAGUAAUAAUGCUUUUUUGUUUUCUUUUUUUGUAUUUAAAUAAAAAUUAACUUAAUUUAUUUAAAGUGGAAAAAUCAAAAAGACAAUCUGAGGACUCUUGUGAUAUAAAUCUUGCAGAAAAAGAAUCUGGUAAUGUAUUCAUUAGAUUAUAUUGUUAUAUUUUCAUUUAUUUGUCAUCAAACUCUAUAUUAUAUUGAGCUAAUUAAUCAAAUAUUUAACAGUUAAAAAAAAAUUUUAACAUUUAUUUAUAUACUUGUAGAUCGAACAAACAUAUGUGCAAGUAAUAUUCAUUUUAAAACAGAUGAUAGUUUUAAAUCAGAUAAAACAGAUACAAUAAAUGUUGGUGAUAAUAUGUAUGUAUUAUAUUUAUUAAUGUGUAAAGUUUAAUUUUAUAUUUAAUAUGAACUUAUUAUAGGUUUAUGUGUUCGAAACUAAAAGCCCCAGGAAUUUCUAUUAACCGAUCUGAAAGUUAUAAAGAACGUAUUCAUCAAAAGGUAUUAUAAAUUAUUCAUGAUUAUUUUUUUUGUUUUGCUUAUUAUCCAUAAAUUAUAUUUAAAAUUUUAAAUAUGUUUAUUAUAUGUAUAAAUAAAUAUAAAUAUUUUUAAUCGACAUGACAAUAAUCUAAACAUAUAUUUGUCAUUUAUAGCGUCAAAUUCGUGAAAGAAGAAAAACCAGUGACCCUAAUCUUCCUUCAAAGUAUAAAAAGUUAGUACAAUCUACUAUGUAUUAUGUUACACAAACUAGGAGAUAUAAUACACUAUUUGUUUGACAUAUUUUAUUUUGUUUACUCCAAUCCAUUUAAAUGCCACUUUUUGAUGUAUUUGCUUAAAACAAUUUGUUUUAUUAUUUGAUGACUUAAAAUAAAAUAAAUUGUUUAUUGUGUUGUGGUUGCUUUUUUUAGUGAUGUUGAACAAGAAAUACAACAGGUUUCAUUUGCACGAUCUGAUAGUUCAUCAAAUUCCAAUUUAUCAACCAAGUAAUUUUUGUGGUAUUUAUGUAUAUCUGAACUUAAAAACUCAUUAAUUUUAUUUUAUUGCUAGAAGCUUGGAUAGUCGUAGUACAUCUUUGGAAGUAAUUCCACCGGGUGGUCAAGUAACAUCAUGUUUAGAUAGUGAUUCAGAAAAUGAAUUUGAUUUAUCUGAUUGGGCUAGUAAUGUUCCACCAGAAAUAUUGGAACAAUUAUCAGCUAAAGAAAAAAAGCGCCAAGAAGUUAUAAAUGAAUUAUAUCAUACAGAACGGUCUCAUAUUAGAGGUAAUAUACAUUUAAUAAUAAUAUACCCUUUUAGAUAUCUAAAUAAUUUAAUUUGAACAUUUAUAGUAUUUGUUUAUACAUAUAUUUAAUAAAUAUUUUAAUUAUUAAUUUUUUCAGGGUUGAAAGUCCUUGAGUAUGUUUUUCAUAAACCUAUGAGAGAAUUACAGGUUUUGCCCCCAGACCAACUUCAAUUGUUAUUUGCUAAUCUUGAACAAAUGAUUGAUUUACACUUGCAGUUUUGUAAUGCUAUCAAGACUGUUAGAAAAGACAGUCACGUUGUCCAAAAUAUUGGACAAGUUUUACUGAAUACUGUAUGUGUAUGAUUUUUAUUUUUGUAUCAUUUAUGAUGUGCUGAUUUCAAUGCUAUUCUUAUAAUUUAAUAAUUAUUGAAAAAAAUGACUUGUUUUUAGAUAUUUUUCUUUUACAGUAUUCAGAAAUUAUUAUACAUUUAUUUUAAUCAGCCUAUUAUAAAUUACCUCUUUGAAACUAUCAUUAUUUAUAAAUAACAUUAUAUUACUGUAUAAUUUGUAGUUUGACGGAAAUGCUGGUGAGGUAUUUCAAAAAGCUGCUGCUACAUUUUGUGCUAGGCAGCAAAUAGCCUUAGAAUCAUUAAAAGAAAAAAGAAAGAAGGAACCAAAAUUGAAUAUAUUUUUAAACGAAGCUGAAGCUAAUCCAGUGUGUAAACGUUUACAACUAAAAGAUAUUUUACCUACAGGCAUGAUUAGGUAUUUUAAAUUGUAUACAUUUACUUUAAUCAAUAUAGCUUUAAAUAAUCAACAUUAUUUUUAAAAUUUUAGGUUGACUAAGUAUCCGCUAUUAUUUGAAAGUUUGGUAAAAUGUUCAACAAAUGAAGAAGAAUUAUCAAAUAUUAAACGAUCAUUUGAAAGAAGUAAAGUUAUUUUAAAUUUUGUUAAUCAAACUGUGCGAGAAGCUGAAGAUGGCCUUCGUUUAUCAGAUAUACAAAAAAAAUUAGAUGCAACUCCUUUUGAAAAAGUGGAUCAUACACUUAGUGUAGAAUAUAAGGUUGUUAAAACUGAAAUAUAUUUUUUUAAUAUUUAUUUUUAAAGUCAAUUCAGCAUUUACAUAAUAUUUGUACUCAUAAUUUUUUUAGAAUCUGGAUGUUACAAAACAUAAACUAAUACAUGAAGGUGGUUUGUGGUUGAGAAUUGGAGGAACUCGUCAAAAAAUGAUAGAAUUACAUGUUUUGUUAUUAGAAGAUUUGAUUAUUUUAUUAAACAAAGUAGAUGACAAAUAUGUUCUGAAAUAUUAUGGAUUCCAAGAUCGUACUCCUACUUUAAGUCCAAUAAUUAAAAUGUCUACAGCUUUAGUUAGACACAAUGCUGUUGGUAAGUAUUAUCAAAUAUAUAUUUACUUCAUUAAUGAAGUUUUAUAAAUCUUUUGUUUAUAUACAUCUAGACAAAAAAGCAAUGUUCUUGGUGAAUACGUCUCAAGCAGGUGCUCAAAUUUAUGAUUUAGUGACUACAUCGUCAAAUGAGCGAAAAACGUAAGUAUUUAAAGUUAAGUUUGAAAUGAAUGAUUAUUAAUAAUUUUUUAUUUUAGAUGGUUUCGUCAUAUUUCCGAAGCUACCGAAUCAUAUAAAGUUCGUGAGAGCAAAAUAAAAAAACAAGAACAUAUUAUUGAUUAUGAAGACAUACAGGGUACUAAAAAAAAGUCGUAAGUAACAUAAUGUUGCUUUUUUGUUUCUUCUUAAUGCUGAUAACUUGCUCUUUUUAAUUUCAGGGUGAUUGAUAAUUGCAUAGAACCUUCUAACAAUAACAAUAAUAAUAGUUUAAACAGUUCUCAGUUAUCCACUUCAUUAGACUCUAGCAAUUUUGAUAUAUUUAAACGUGGUAAAUUUUCAUUUCAUAUUAAUUAUAAAUGGUUGCUACCUCUUAAAUAUUUAGGCUGUCAGAAAUUUGUCAUUUAGGUUCAAGGCACUCGUUUUUGUAGGUAGUCGAGAAUUUCAUAAAAACUAAUAUAAUCCAGUAUUUUAAAUACUUUUAGACAGGGUUGGGACACAAUACUUAAAUGUAUAUAUAAAGUAUUAAACCUCUAGAAUUAUACAGUUUUAUACUUAUAAUAUCUAUUUGUAAUAUAAGCAUAUUGUUUGUUGAUAUAAUCUAAUUAAAGGGAGGCGAUAAAAUCGAUGACAACAUUUGUCUGGUGUUAUCACGUGGGUUCAUUACCAGGACUAUAAUUAUAAUCGAGGUCAUUAGAUUUCUUUAACAAUUAAAUUUUUUGAUUUUUCAGUUGAAUAUUUCAUUUGGACUCUAAUUUCUUUUAACUUUUACUAUUUUUAUAUAUUAUAGAGAAUAACCAAUCUAGUACAAGAUACUUAUUAUUUCAGAAAGUAUUAACUUUUUUAGUAACUCAUUUAUGAAACAUUUCAGAAACAGGCAGCUUUACAAUUUUACUUAAUGUUAUUUUUUUAUUGCGCUUAUUUUUGGGGGUAAAACCACAUUUAUAUGAUACCACUAAUUAAUUUUGUACCACUAUCCUUUGACCUAAACUUAAAAGUGGAAUAUCAACACCAAAAUGUAUUUUAACUAAUACUCUAUUUCUAUUUACUAAUAAUCUAUUUAUGGAAUUUUAAUAUAGGAAAACUUAUAGUUGAAAACCAAAAGUAUAGACAGUGGUUUCACCCUUAAAAAUAAGAGUAACAAAAAAUAACAUCAAUGUAAAAUUGUAGAGUUGGUUAUUUAAUAAAUGUUCUAAAAAACAAAAUCCGAAAAAAGGUAAUAUAAUUUAUUAUUAUUACAUAAUAACUAUUAAUUAUGAAAUCUUGUGAUAAUAACUUUUUAAAAUAAAAAUUAAAACUUGGUUUUAUAUGGUAUAAUAUAAUUAAAAUACUUUUACUCAUGAUUUGUCCAACCCUGUUUUAAGGUACAUAUGUAUCCAAUUUUCUUAAUAUUCAGACUUCUCAAAGUGUCAAAACAAUUAGUGAAGUAAUUGUAAUUUUAAUUACUUGUUUAUUCAAUUUGGUUAUAAAAACCAACAGAUAAAAUCUAUGAUAUGAUAUAAUUAUUUAAUGAUUUGAUGGACAACUAAUCUUAAAUUUAACUUUUAUAUGAAUUUGUAAUUUAAAUAUCACAACUAAAAUGUUAUAAUUAUUUUUCUGGUAUUCUUAAAAUUCUCGAUUGCCUGAACAUAGAAAAAAAAUAGCAACUUACAUACUCUUAUUUUAUAUUAUUACUAAAUUUGUAUAACUUUUUAAUUACUUAGGUAAUGAUGAAACUUUUGUAAAUAGUGAAACUUUAAAUAUUGCCAAUAGUACACCUGUAUUAUCUAAAACUCAAAAGAGUCCACUAAUUGAACCGUCUGAAGUAUUAAUAUCACAAAGUUCUGUUCUAAAAGCUGAACCAGUCAUUACACAUCUGGGUAUUACAUUUGUUAAUAAUUCAUGUUAUGGUUAAGUUAGAAAAUAUUAGUAAUUGUUUUUAUUUUGUGAUAGAAAAAUUACGAAGAAACAAUAAGGUUAUAGAGGAAGCAUUAAGUGAACGUUUAAAAUUAGUGGCUGACAUAAUUAAAAUGCCUGUGCCAAAUUUGCCUAAUACAUCUGAAUCAUCUGAUGGUGCUGAUAGUGAGUCAAAUAAAAUUUUACUUUCAGCUGUAUCUCAAGGUAUAAUAAUUAUUUAUUUAUUUUAUUUUUAUACUUCUUUAUAAACUUAUUUUUUGUUUUCACACAAAUUUUAGGAAAUGAAAUUAUUUCAGUAUUAAAUGAAUCACUAAACAUUACAGAUGUGGAUACAAUUGCAUUAAGUUUGGGUUCAUCAAAUUUAAAUUCUAAUUGUAGUUUGUACAAAGCAUAUGCUACACAGUUGUCUCGAAUCACAAAAGUUAAACCAAUUGUAACUUCUUUGAAUUCUCAAAUUGCAGAACUUUUGGUAAUAACUUUUAGAUAAUAGAUACAAAGAUUUAAAUAAAUACUUGUAAUAAAUAUUUUUGCUAUAAAUUUGUUUUUUCAUUAGCCAAAUGUAACUAAUAUUUAGAUUUAUAUAGAGGGUAUUCUAACUACAUGUUAAAUAUAUUAACAAUAAAAAUAUUACAAAUUUAGAGAUGUUACGAAGGUUUGGUAAUUUACUAUUAUGAGACCCACUAAUGAGAAAAAAUAGAAUUUUUUUUUUUUGUAACAAGGCUACUAAGUCCUACUACAGAACAUUGUAUCGAUAACAUAUAUAAUUGACAUUAAAUGAUUUUCUAAUCUAACGAUUCGAACUAUUGGGAAUUUGGUACAGUUUGAGUUUUGAACUCAAUUUUUAAAGGUGUUUGGUUUUGUUCAGUUUGGAAAUCAAACAGUUCGUCACAUCUCUAAUUAAAUCCACUGUAUUUAUUUGAAUAAUUGUUUAAUGUUUAGAUAUCAACUUCAAAGCAUGAUAAACAAGAGUUAGAAAUGAGAAAGGAAUUACAAACUUACCGUGAGAGACUUCAUGCCUUUCAAGAAAAGUCAUUAGGGUUGCCUUGUACAGAUAAUAAUGGUAACUAUGAAUUAUAUGGGUGAUCAAUCUUUUAUAAAACACUCAUUGUCUCAAAAAAUCUCCAUACUUUUUUCAAAAUUUGUUUUAAAGAAAAUUUAAGAAACAAGCUGUUCUAAAAUUUGAUAUUUACAUUAUCUUUUGUCAUCCUAAUUUUUGUGGGGAAAAUGAUUACCUACUUUUGAUUUUCAAAUGGCACCGAUAUAAAUAAUUCCAUAAAUAGAUGAAGUAGUAGUUAAAAUAAAUCCUUUGAUGAGAUAUUCCAUUUUUAAGUUUUGGUCAGGGAAAGUAAUGGAGCAUCAUUUAUGUGUGGAGUUAAUUAUGUACUAUCCCCCAAUUUUCUACAAGACAAAUGUCAAACAGUUAAUACUUUCCGAGAUAAUGAGUGCUUGAUGAUAGAUUAAUCACCCUGUUUAAUUACUCAUAAGCUGGUUACAUACUAUGAAUUUUAAUCUUGUAUUAUUUAAACUAGAGAUGGGUCAAUACCAUUUUUAAUUGAUAAAUGCUACCCAUGUAUAUUUAGAAUAGAAAAUCAUUUGGUAUUGAAAUUAAUCAAUGUAUCUAUUGAAAACUUGUUAUGUUGAAUUCUUUUAUGAUAUUCUAAAGAAAUUAUUUUGUGUAUGGUUUUCAUAUGUGAAUUUUAAAAUGCCAGUGUCAUUAGUUUAUUAUAAAAUAUUUGAUUAAGUAAACAAAUAUGAAAAAUAUAUAUUUAAAAAUAAAGGCUAAAUUUCUAUGAUUUUUGAAUGCUAAAAUAGUUCUAUAUUAAAAUGCACCAAUAUAAUAUAUUCAUUAUAAAUUAUAUAGUAUAACUUUAAUAAGCCAAAAGUUGAAGAGAUGUAGAAUUAUCUUUUAUUUAUCAAUGUUUUAGAAAAAAAUUAAAAUUUGAAUUAGAAAAUUUGUAAUAUUUAUUAUUGGUUUUUAUUAUUAUCAUUUUUCAAUAUUAUCUAUACAAUUUGUUGUACAAUAAAUAAUUUUUACAUACCAUUGACUGUAAAUUUUAUUGUAAGUGUCAUUACUAGGGCUUGGAUUUAUAUGCAUUUGCAUAUUUUUUUUAAUAGUCCAAAAAGUGGUUAGAUAAGCUAUAAGUUUAAAUUAUAGUCAAUAGAACUGAAAUACAGUGACUGGCUUUGAAUUGUUCUUGGUCUAAUAAUUUCCCAAAAUGUUCUGCUUCUUCUUUCAAAAAGGACUUUCUAAAUUGGCAUUAAUAUAUCUGCAUUUUGAUCACCAUAUAUUUGAUUUAUCAAGGUUUUCGAUCAUUGUAUAAUUUAGAUGUUUUGAUUCCUCAAUUUAAAAUAAAAUUUCCAUCAUUGUAGAUUACAGAUUAAAUAUUAAUAAUUUUCUGUACACCAUUGUUAAUGUUAUUAUUAUUUUUAAGUGCUAUACAUUAUUUAUAUUUAUAUAUCUAUAUUUGGACUUUUAGACCUCUAUUAUUAAUUUUGAAAAUAUUUAAUUUACUGAUGUUACUGGUGAAUAAUUUAUUCCAUUAAAUAAUUUUAAUUAAUAUAUUAUAUUUUAGAAACUGAAAAUAAUAUUGAACAUUUGUCAAAUAUCAAAGAUUCAGAGAAAAAUGAAUCAUCAGAGGUGAGAUAUUGAACUAAAAUGUUAUUUUGUUACUGAAUACUGUAUAAACCAAUAAGAAUCAAUUAUUUGCAUGCACAAAUAAAAACAUGUAAAUGUAAAUUAUUAUUAAUAUAUUCAAUGGUUUUUGUUUACAGAUAUGAGUUAAGUUACUGUUAUAUAAGCAAAAUGUAAUAUAUGUAUAACAUGAAUUGUACCAACUUAUGCCAUAUCAUGCCCAUCAAUUUAAACUGUGUCCUGAUAGCCUAUAGCUUUAUAAUUGUAUCAAUCUUUCUAUUCAAACCUCCAAUAAAAUUUUAAGGUAUAUAUUUAUAAUAAGUUGUUUAAUUUAAAUGAUACUAGUUUUUCAUAAAAACAACUAACAAAUAAUUGUUUUAUUUUAUUUAAACAUUAUUUUACAUCCUGUUCUUUAUUUUUUUUAAGACUGUGUAUAAAAAAAACCUAUACGAUUAAUAUAAUAUAAAUUAUUUUACAAAUAACAUAGUUCAAUGUCUGAUAGAUAUUACUAUUAUAGUUAUUAUUUAUUUAUUUAUUUUUUUUAUUGCUGUUUUAAAUUCAAUAUAAGUGUUAAUAUCUUUAAUUAUAUGUUUUUAUUACUAUUUAAUUUAAAUGAAUAUAUUAUAUACACGUAUAAUAUAUAUAUACAUUUACUAUAUACAUAUGUAUUUACAAUUUAAGUGAUAUUUCUUUUUAGAAUUAUAAAUUUAUAUUUGUUGUAAAGUGAGAUGUUGCCUCUUCAUAACUAUUGAGUAUCACAUAUUUGUUUGUAUUAAUAAUUGUUUGACCAUAAUUAAUUACAGAUCAUUCUGCCUCAUUCUAUGUCGAGAAAAUCAUUUUUCAUUUUUACCAAAUAUGUUGUUAACUAUAAAUAUAUUAUACAUAU